AAUUAGGUUUGUUGGUGAUGUGUUUGCUUGUAAGUUUUACAUCUCGUGUUUACAGUUUUCCAAGCGGUGAUCUUUGUACAAUGUUGAAUGAAUACACGUAUUACAUAAAAGUGGGUGAAGUUGGACAGAUAAGUGUUGGAAACGAAAGCUUUCCGUCCGGUCAAAAUGGCACAAGUACAGUACCAACGACGUGUAUGGUCGAAUUGGUCACGUGUCCGUCCUGCCAUAUCUCUGUGUCUUUUCUUCAUAUAAAUAUUUCUACCUGUAGCCAAGACAACAGUUGCAGGUGUAGUUACGUCCAAAUUGUAGAACCAUCUUACGACCACGUCAGGCGUCAUCUAUGCGGUUAUGGGCGAAACAGCUCGUUCCAUCACGUGGAAUCUCAGACCAAGGUCACUUCCAUUCGUUAUACACGAAAAUCAGCCUUUGAUUCUUUCACCUUACAGUUCAUUGUAUUGAACAACAUCUAUACCUUCCAAGGCACACAAGACUAUUCAGAAUCCAAUGGCACAGGAACUUUUCAAUCUCCUUAUUUUCCUCAAAUCUAUCCGAGUGAUUACGUUGCAGAAUACAGAUUUCACAAUUUAAAUGUCAUGGGUUGCGUACAAAUAAUAUUCACCGAUUUUCGUAUAUCACCUUGGUCAUACAUAGAGGUUCUGGAUACUAAUAGAACACGAAUAGCAAUGUAUGAUGGGAAUAUCUUCCGUCCACCAGUUACAGUUUCAACAGGGCCUAAUUUAACACUUUACUUUAAAGCAAACGAUGAUUAUCCAAAUUCUGGUUUCAGAGCCAAGUAUGCAUUCUUUGCAGAUGCUGAGAAGUGCCAAGUGAUGUUACCUUCAACGGAAUGCGGUGGUUCUCUAGAAAAUCAUGGAGGAGUAAUCACGUUAAGCAAAACCAAUACUGACCAGAAGAUGCAGAUUUAUGAUUGUGUUUGGAUUAUCCAUCCUAAAUUCACCUACACCUACGAAACUUAUUUAGCAUUAAGAAUAGCCCAAUUUAAGAACAUGGGUCAAAAGUCAACUUUGGAGAUUAGACAAGGUAUCACGUCCACCUCCCGCCUUCUCUACACAGCCAGAGGUUACCACCAGAAACCAUCUGGUCAAGAGCUGAUUGUAUCAGCUAGUUCGGGUUAUUAUUUAAGGUUUAGUGGGUGUUUUGGAAACAAUUCCUUCAUGUCGAUCGUUUAUAGCACGUUCACUUAUAACGAAUGCCACCACACGCAGGAGUACCGCUGUAAAAAUGGAAGAUGUAUAAAGAAGCAACUGAGAUGUGAUGGAUUUAAUCAUUGUGGUGAUAAAUCAGACGAAUCAUCUUGUUUCACGGGUACUUCGAGUGGUCGGGACACCAGCUGGUGGCAAUCGUUCUCACCCAAGUUAUAUUAUCCCAAGCAAGACGGAGGAGGUUCAGGCAACCCUACAACUCUCAUACUCAUCGCUAGCAUUGCGGGCUUUGGUAUGUUCGUCUGGACAUUCGCUACAGUCCUUACCAAGUUGCAGAAGAAGAGGAGGACUCCGAAUAUUCGCGAGGCGGUACACACCAUCAGUGGCGAUGUUGAUGCCGAGAAUCGGAGGAAUUCUCCACCAUCCCCACCUAUGUACGAUCCACCCCCGUCGUACGAAGACGUAGUCAAGCCGUACACUACACCACCCCCGGACUAUACGACGGCAGUGAGCGGUAUGACCCGCAGUGGUGCUGAUAACUUAGCCUUUGUUCCGGAUAGUCAGGGCGAAUCCAGGACCCACUUACCACUUCUGAGGAACCUUUUGAGGAAUUUAAGCCCCACUCAACCUCCUCCUCGUCCUCCUCCACCCGGAUCUUCUAGGAGGACCUCGAAACACAGCUCUUUAGCCACCACUCCUAACUCCAGUGGGACCGGGGAGUGCGAAGUUUUUGUCAUCACGCCCGGUAGCUGUAAGCACAAUGGAGCAUGUAGUUGCGCCUAUUAUCGCACCCCGGCAUGUUCUAGUACGCAAGAUAGUCGCUGCUGAGCCAUAUCAACUGUAGGUGCUUCGUUUUCCUCCCUUAGUUCGAACAAAACGUGCCUUUCUGAUAGUUAGAAGGCGUCUUUCCCCCACUAUCUUUCUCUCUAUCUCUCUUUCUCUAUCUCUCUAUCUCUCUUCAAAAGUAGCAUCUUAGAUUAGUGCACAUUAACAUAUGUUAUUUUUAGGUUCCAUGACGCCAGGAACCCUGGUACGUCUCUAGAAACGAAGACUAUAGAGGAAAAAAAAAAAUACAAAAAUACAACAAAAAAUUUAUUUUCUUUCAGCUAGCAAUACGGAGGAGUGUAGAUUCGCUCGUGUCGUGUGUAUAUACAGAUACAUAUUCAUAUAUAAAUAUACAUACAUAAAUUAUAUAAUAAAAUAUAGAUGAAUUUUUUACUGUAAAUAAUAAUUCUUUGGUUUCUCACCGGUGAGAAGUCGUGGGUAGAGUUCCUUGUAAAUAUCGUUUGUAAAAAGAUGGCGAUGGGUGAUGUGCGCCAUCUUGAAUGUUCACCUGGUUCACAAUA